AUGGUCAAGGUCGAGAUCGUCGAGGAGAAGGAGCAGGACUCCCGCUCCCCCUACUCCUCCCACGCGUCCUCCCGCACGUCCUCCUCUGUCUCCCUCUCCUCCGUCGGCUCCGACCUCGACGGCGAGGAGUCCUUCUACGAGCGCAUCGUGGCCCUCGCCGACAUCAUCCCGCCCACCACCCGCCACAGCAUCUCCUCCAAGAUUGGCAAGACCGCGGGCGCGAUCACGACCACGGGCAAGCUCGUCGGCAACCUCGACGAGGCGAAAAUCGUCCAGCAGGAGAAGGAGAUGCUCGCCCAGCAGCAGGGCGCACAGGUGCUCGCCCCGCCGCCGAUGUACCCGCCGGGCCAGGCGCAACAAAAGGGCGUCACGCCCCCGGGCUUCUGA